AUGUUGAAAGUGGUUCAAGUCAGACUCCAUAAUAAUGGACGAACGCUGGAUACAUAUGCAAUCCUAGACGAUGGGUCCGAAAGGACUAUAAUUCUUCCUACAGCAGUAAAUUACCUUGAUCUGGAAACCGUGGUCGAGUCAUUAGCUCUUAGGACCAUCAGACAGGAAGUAGUCGAAAUUCAAGGGGCAUCAGUUUCAUUUGAAUUGUCUACAUCUGUAGAUCCUAACAUUCGGCACAAGAUACACACAGCAUUUACUGCUCAGGAGCUGAACCUAGCCAAACAAUCCUGCCCUGUGGAUAUGUUGAAAGCAAAGUUCAAACAUCUCAGGGAUAUUCCCAUUACUGCUUACAAGGAUGUUCAACCCCUGCUGUUGAUUGGUUCUGAUUACCCUGAACUUAUCACACCAAUAUCCCCAGUUUGUAUGGGCUCAUUAGGCAGUCCGGUAGCAGUUAAUACAAAUUUGGGUUGGGCUAUUCAAGGACCAGCUACAUUCUUGGAUCAGCCAUCUGAAUUUACCUGCUUGAACACCUCCCUGCUGUGCUCUCCUACACAAGAUCUAUACCAACAUGUGGAAAAGUUGUGGCAGGUAGACAUACUUCCCUUCCAAACGUUGAAAGACAGCACACGUUCCAAGCAGGAUAAAAACGCUCUUAAAGUGCUGGAAACAAAGACCAAAAGAGUGGAGGUAGAUGGAGUAUAUCGCUAUGCAACCCCUCUUCUCCGCAUGAAAGAAGCAAAGGUCUUAAAUACUGGCCCGGAAUCAGUUAUGGCCCUCCUACGAGCCACAGAGCGGCGAUUGCAGCAAAAUACAGAAUUGGCAGAGGUGUAUAAUAAUGAAAUCCAAAAACUGGAGAAUGCAGGAUAUGCAGUGAAACUUACUCCUGAAGAAGCUAAAGCUACCAAGGAGUCAUGGUUCAUUCCACACCAUCUUGUACACCACAACAGUAAAGCCAGAGUUGUAUUUAACUGCUCUUAUCAGUAUCAACAGGUUUCACUGAAUGAUCAGCUACUCCCAGGACCCACAUUAGGUCCAUCUUUGCUGGGCGUUCUCCUCCGAUUCAGGCAGUACCCGGUAGCCAUCAGCGGUGACAUUCGUGCAAUGUUCCACCAGGUUCGUCUCUUACCUGAAGAUCAGCCAUUGCUGCGGUUCUUGUGGAGGAAUCUGGAAAGAGAGAGGAGUCCUGACAUUUAUGAGUGGCGCGUUCUACCGUUUGGAACUACAUGUAGUCCAUGUUGUGCCAUAUACGCUCUCCAGCAUCAUGUCAUCAACCAUCACGAAACCAAUGAAGAGGUAGCGGACUCAGUACUACACUCAUUUUAUGUGGAUAACUGCUUGCAGUCCUUUCCCACAAUAGACCAAGCCAAGCAACUUGUCGACAAAAUGAGACAGUUACUAUCAAAUGGCGGAUUUGAAAUCAGACAGUGGGCCAGUAACUGCCCAGAAGUGAUUGAACACCUACCCACUGAGGCACGGUCUGAAAGCUGUGAACUAUGGCUGAGUGCACACAAAACCGACCCUCAAGAGUCCACCCUUGGGCUCUCUUGGCAUUGCACAUCGGACAGUCUGAGUUACAAAAGUAAAGAAUUAUCACCCGAAGAGCCAACCAUGCGCAAUAUAUACAGAGUACUAGCCUCCCAAUAUGACCCUCUUGGUUAUAUUUUGCCUUAUACCACCCAGGCUAAAAUCUUAGUACAAGCUCUGUGGACCAAGAAAAGAGGCUGGGAUGAUAUCAUUGAGGACGAAAUGCUUAAAAAAUGGCAAGAUUGGACAGGUGAACUACGGUUUCUGCCCAAAUUAAGCAUGCCAAGGUGCUACUUCCCUCUCAGUCCAAACUCAGAUGGUGGCUUUGUCGAGUUGCAUGUGUUCUGUGAUGCAUCUGAGCGUGCUUAUGGUUCGGUUGCGUACCUGCGUCUGCAACAUGAUGAGGAAAUUCAAACUUCCUUUGUAAUGGCUAGGUCCCGUGUGGCCCCUAAGAGGCAGUUAUCAAUACCACGACUAGAACUGUGCGCUGCCCUUACUGGUGCCCAGCUCGCCAAACUCCUCCUAACUGAAAUUGCCAUACCCAUACAAAACACUGUUCUAUGGACAGAUUCUACCACCGUUCUCACUUGGAUUAAAUCGGAAUCCUGUCAUUACAAAGUAUUUGUUGGCACACGGAUUGCCGAGAUACAAGAAUUGACAAGCUCAGACAGUUGGAAAUAUGUAGAUUCAAAGCUAAACCCUGCAGAUGACAUUACAAGAGGCAAGUCUCUUUAUGAUCUCUCUCAAGCAUGUCAAUGGAAUCAGGGCCCUCACUUUCUACAGCAAUCACAAGAAAACUGGCCAAUACAGCCCAACUUAGCCUCAACGGGUGAGGAGUUAAGAAAAUCAUUCUUCUGUGCUCAUGUUGCUGCUACGUCAUCAUCUCUACCAGCCCCAGACCAGUUCACUACAUGGGCAGAUUUGGUGCAAGCUACUUAUCAGUCUGUGCAUGGGGCGGCCGCACCCUCAAUGUCUGCCAUGCAACGUAUUGACACUGAAAUCCUCCUCCUGAAACAGGCCCAGCAGGACUGUUUCCCUGAUGACGUCCAUGCACUACAAAAUGGGAAGGUAAUAAGUUCCAACAGCAGAUUAAACACUUUGUCACCUGAAUAUGACCAAACAAUAGGAUUGAUUCGAGUAGGUGGUCGUCUACGUAGAGCAGAAAAACUAGAGAUUGAUGCUUUGCACCCCAUUGUGCUCGCACCUGAACACCCCAUCACUAAACUCCUAAUACAGGAUUAUGAUAAUCGGCUCUUUCAUCCUGGACCUGAACGUGUCUUUGCCGAAUUGAGAAGAACUUAUUGGAUACUGAGAGGCAGGCAGGCCAUAAAAAAGUAUCAACGACAGUGCAAAGAAUGUAGGAAAUGGCGUAGUAAUCCAGCCAACCCCAAAAUGGCUGAUCUCCCUGUAGCUCGUCUCCGCCUUUAUCAGCCACCUUUCUGGUCAACAGGAGUUGAUUGCUUUGGACCAUUUACGGUGAAAAUAGGCAGAAGACAUGAAAAGCGUUGGGGCAUUAUUUUCAAGUGCCUCACCACAAGAUGUAUCCACGUAGACCUGCUACACAGUAUGGAUACCGACUCCUUUCUCAUGGCUUUACGUCGAUUCAUUGCCCGACGUGGGAAGCCCUUCGAAUUACUAUCUGAUCAGGGCACAAAUUUCAGAGGUGGCAACCGAGAACUCCAGUCUACCUUCUCUGACCUUGAACCAACACUCAAAGAAAAACUAAAUGAACAGAGUAUCUCUUUCCAGUUUAAUCCUCCACAUGCACCUCACUUUGGAGGGGUCUGGGAGCGAGAAAUACGCUCUAUUAAGUUCUGUCUCCGAGUGAUACUUAAGGAUCAGGUUGUAUCAGAGGAAGUUCUUUCUACUGUUCUAGUAGAAGUAGAGGGAAUGCUUAAUUCUAAACCACUUGGUUAUGUCUCAUCAGAGAUAUCGGACACUGACCCAGUCACGCCAAAUCUGUUGCUCAUGGGGCGGCGGGAUGCAUCUCUGCCUCAAGUGGUUUAUGGUCCAAGAGAUUUACUGAGCAAGAGACAAUGGCGACAUAGCCAAGUGAUUGCUGACCAGUUUUGGAAACAGUUCAUUCAGAACUACUUGCCAACCCUACAACAUCGUCCUAAAUGGAGACAGUCUACACCCAACCUAGCAGUGGGAGAAGUCGUUAUGGUUAUGGACUCUCAGUUGCCACGAGCCCACUGGCCUGUUGGUAAAAUAACUAAAGUUUUUCCCAGCAGUGAUGGAACAGUUAGAGUGGCAGAAGUAACUAUUGGGGACCGCAUUUACAGUCGCCCUGUUUCCAAACUCAUUGUCCUCCCAGAGUUACCAAAUGAUUAGUGGUAUAUAACCUUUAGCAGCAGGUGUAAUUUUACUUUAUUCUAAUUUGUUGUACAAAUUAGGGGGCGGCUGUAUAAAAUACCCUGCUAGUUUAUGGGUGACGUAAUAUGUGGGCGGAGUUAUGGACCUGCCCAGACAAGUUCGGACAUGUUCUGAAUAGUUCGGUCGCUAUGGACGAGACAGUAUAUUGUUUGUUCUGAUGUGUGCGUCCUUGAGACUAAACCACACAGAAAGAAUGUAAAUGACUGAACAUGAUUCAAGUGGAUUUUGCUAGAAUAAAUAAGGCAGUUUGAGCUAUA